AAUCUGAGAAUGGCUUGUUCAAUCGCUUUGAGGAGAGCUUCUGCUUCGGGGCUCAUCAAUAAGCUCUUCAAUCCUAUUCGUUCUGUCGCAGUAGCACCAUCUGCUGCUACUCGUUCCUUCAACACCGAAUCUCAGAUGCGCCAGUACGAGGAUGAUGAACGAAGCAUCGAUGUGAAACGCCAAUCCGAUCGUUCUAUCUCUCGUCGCCGUGAGUCGUUUCCCAGUCUCGUCACAGGUAAUGUGUUUGAUCCGUUCGUCUCACCGACUAGGUCACUGAGUCAGGUUCUAAAUCUGAUGGACCAGAUGAUUGAGAAUCCUUUCGUGGCUGGAGGGAUGGGGAGUGGAACGACGAGGAGAGGAUGGGAUGCUAAAGAGGACGAAAAUGCUCUGUACGUGAGGAUCGACAUGCCUGGCCUAGGGAAAGAGGACGUGAAGGUGGUGGUAGAGGAGAACACUCUGAUCAUCAAAGGAGAAGGGGGUAAAGAAUCUGACGAGGAGAAAGAUGGAAGGAAGUAUAGUAGCAGGACUGAUCUCCCCGAGAAUCUCUAUAAGCUUGAUGAGAUUAAGGCGGAAAUGAAAAACGGAGUACUUAGGGUGAUUGUUCCCAAGGUGAAGGAGGAGGAGAGAAAGAACGUUCAUGAGGUCAAGAUUGAAUGAUCUG